UUUGUGCAUAUCCGCCGAGAGAAAAAGAAAAACACGCUCUGUCGGUUUCUUUCUCUCUCUGUUUUCUCUACAUUUGCGCUUCUUUUUUCUCUCCGUUUUCUGUUUCCCUGCCCAUUUCCCUUGUUGGCUCUCUUUCUCUCUCCUUCUCUCUCAUUCUUUAUGUUCAAGAUAUGAUUAUAGCUUUACUGAGUCACAGCCGGGUGGAUUUCUUCUGCCUUUCUAGAACAACCCCUUAGCUUUCCUUCUCUCCCUCCUCUCUAUAAAGGAAAAACAAGGGUGGUUUUUGUUAUGAUGGAUGAUGUCGGGGAAAGGCUGUGGUUGUUUGAUUCUGGUGCAGAAAUCAUUGCAUGAUAAAGAAGAAUACAAGAAUAUUGAGAUCAAGAAGUCUUGUACUGAUUGCAAAACUACCAGGACACCCUUGUGGAGAGGUGGACCUGCUGGGCCCAAGUCACUGUGCAAUGCAUGCGGGAUCAGAUACAGAAAGAAAAGAAGAGCAAUGUUGAGCUUAGACAAAGACAAGGAUUCAGACAAGAAAAAGAGAAGAGGCCAUAGCACCACCACCCUUACCACUACCACUGCAAAUAGCAGCACAAUUGCUACCUCAGCCAGCAGCGUUAAUGAUGGUAGUGUAUUGGGGGAGUCAUUGAAGAUGAGACUAAUAGUAGUGGGUGAGAAAAUGAUGUUUGAAAGAUCAUCAAUAGUCAGGAAACAAAGGUGCCAAAGGAAGAGGAGACUGAGAGAGGAAGAACAAGCUGCUUUUUCUUUAAUGGCGUUGUCUUGUGGCUCAGUUCUUGCAUGAAACAGGAAAAGAAGAGAAACAGAAUGGGGAUAAAGCUGAACAACCUCUAACCCACAUACCUUUUCUUUGUCCGUUUUUUAUUAGUUUUUUUUUUCCUAGAAAAAAAAAGUUAGUAGUAGUUUUGUUAGUGUAGUGAAGGGGAUGCAAUGUUGUUAAUGGGUGUCUUUACCUUUCUUCUUCUCCAUUUUCAUAGGAAGAUGAUGAAGUGGUGAAGUAAUGGUGAUAUAGUGUAGAUAGUAUUUUCGGAAUUAUGAACGAAAUAUAUGUUCUCCUAGAUAUGGGAUUUUAUAA